AUGACGUCAGGAAUCUACCCUGAACCGGUGAUUCGUCUUUUAUUUUAUACUUUUUUAAAAUAUAUUUUAAAUUAUAAAAUCUUUAUUUACAGGAAAUUUCCGCAAGAUAUUUCUAGAGCUUAUAAAAUUCAAAACAUUUUUUUGAAUGCCUCUAAACACAUUGUACAAUGCUUCCAAGAAAAAGAUUUUAUUUCUCCUAAAAAAUGGAAACAAUUUUUAAAAUGUAUUAUUUACAAUCGACAUGAGAUAAAGAUUAGAUCGCAAAAGAAGAAACGCCUACAAAAUAGAAUUUUAACUUGUAAAGACUUGCUGCAAAAGCUGAAAAGUAAGAAAUUAAUGACAGAAAACGAUAUUGAAGAUAUGAUGCCACCUGCAAUACAAGAAUUGCUACAUAAGGUGCUAAGUAAGAAGCGAAAGAUUUCCUGAAAGUUUGAAAAGUUUUGCAUGUACGCUCCAUUUUCAUUCGCCUGCAGCGUACAUGUAUGUAAGAAAAAUGUUUGUAAAAUGUCUACCUCAUCCCACUACACUUCGUACGUGGAUGCGAACAGUUCAUUGCAAUUCGGAUAUAUCUGA